AUGCGCUCUCGUGCUACUACCAACCCACCAUUAUUGGUGUCGGUUGUUCGUGAUCGUACAUUAAUGGAACGGCAACAAGUACGUCAGGUUUAUGCCGAUUUACAACAGCGUAGGAAGAACGGAGAAAAUAAUAUAGUGGUCAGACAUUUCAACGGCGUUCCUUCCAUUGUCCAGGCAAAUAAGGAUUUUCAAUUAAACAAUACUACUCAUCGUCAUGUCACCCUUGCAAAAACUAACCAGCUUGAACCACCCAGGGACCUGUGGUGA